AAGCCGGCCUACCAAAGCAAAGUUGCAUGUUGCUGUUUUGUAUGGUUUAUCACGGACCACUGAGGAUAAGAGUUAGUACUGCUACUAUGGGUUCUAAACUCAAUAGAUCUCUCCUGCACUAUGCAAUCCUCUUGAUCUUCCUGGAAGUUCAGUGGAGUCCUGUGUUUUCUGCUCCGAUUUGUCCAUCUAAUAACUCCUGUGAUCAUUUGAAGAGAACCAAUGACCUUGCCAAGUUAUUCGAAUUCGAAGCAACUAAGCUACUGAAUUUAUCUAUAAAAAAAUAUGGAAAAAGGAAUGAGACAAUACGACAUGAAGUUCCUGACACCCAGAUAUCUGGUGAAAGCACUUGUGAGAAGCUGCAGAACAUCUAUAUCAAGAAUGAGCUUUUUAAGUUACACGUUUUACAAGCCAAAGAAUAUCACCAACAACUUUUGAGGUACCCAGUUGAAAUUUUUAAUAAAACAGAGCACGUUGAAAAAACACUAGAAAAUUUAAACAUUAUGAUAAAGGCUAUGCUCGGACCAUUCGAUUUCACUCCCCCAACCCCACCCCGAGAGUUAACCGAUCACCACAAACAAAAAAUUUAUGUAUGGAGUGUUGCGGUCAGACUGACGGAAUGGUCCAAACAAGUGCUGACGGUAGUUAAUCAGACACUCUGUCACUAAAAACAGAUAAGACUGAGAAAAUAUCUCUGUUAUCUGGGAUCCACCACCUCUCUGCUAUUCCUGUCACGGUUAAGGUUUCCUUUUUAACCCUUGAUGAUGUUUUGACAGGGAAUUCAAAGUUGUGCAUUUCAGAAUGGUCUCUUUGGCCAUAUAUUAAUUAUUUACUGGUACCUUGUUUUUAUUUAUCUAUUUCUUUGAA